AUGUCGGCGCCUACAACAGACAGUACAGAAGCUAUCACCAACUCCGGCUAUGGCAGCAGCGAUGAGACUGCCAGUCUACUCGUCACCGGUCCAGCAGUCACCGUCAUCGUCCCAGCAGAAAACAGAACAGUCAAACCAGUUCUGCAAAGACAAGACUGCACAACCCACCUUCGCCCACAACUAUCCGGCGGACCGGGUAGCGAGGAAAGUGCCACAUCCAUUAGAAUGGAAGAGAGUACUGCAAGAAGUGUCCCAGAUAUCGAGUUACAGUGCCGAGAGCCGGCAGACCGACCUCAGACACUCGUGUCCCCCAUAGCGACGUGCUCGCACAGAGGGUCAGUGACCACGUGCCAGUUAGUUCCACAAACGUACUCGAGAUGUCGCGUCUGCGAGCGGCGGCAAUCCACGGCACCAAUAUCGGCCUUACAACUAGCGCGCUCUGUGUCGCGAGAGAGCGUUCGCUCGGCGGUACACUACCCUUGCGGGUGCAGUUCGCUUCAUGCCGUCAGUACGUGCCCCGUCAUACAACCCCCAGCGUUACUGUUGCCUACAACUAGUACGAGGAUUAUCCGCCAGAGCUCGCAGCCAGAGUCUAGCGCAUGCGCGGCACACUGCCCUCAUCACGCUCACCACCACCCCAGCGCCUCCCUGCGGCAGUUACGAGAACCCGGCGAUGGCAUCGCUGGGAUUGCUGCGGACUCGCUGCGAAUCAACGGGGGUAUGCGCCCUUUCAAACAGGGGCUGCUCCUCUGUCCACAAACCCUGUCGCAGACGCGCCGAGCCCGGCUGAGACGUGCAUUCACUGAAGCCACGGGGGAUACUGUUAACUACGUUAAAACGGCCUGUUCAGGACCUCGGGAUCAGAUGACACAGCUGCGGAAGCCGGUGUCGACGCUCUCGAUCCCGGGCGCGAUGAAGGCGUACUCGGGGGGCGGGAGGGACGCGGGAGGAGAGGAAGCGGGCGUCGCACUAGUCGGCGUGCACAGCGAGUACCCGCGCUUCGGCGAAGAACGGGCGCUUGGCGGUGGCACGUACAAAGGCGGGGGAACGGCGAAGCACAAACCCAAUAUAGGAUAUAGGUUAGGUAGAAGAAAGGCGUUAUUCGAAAAAAGGAAACGAAUAAGUGACUACGCUUUAGUAAUGGGAAUGUUUGGUAUAAUAAUUAUGGUUAUAGAAAAUGAACUUUCAAGUGCUGGUGUAUAUACUAAGGCGUCAAUAUAUUCGCAGGCGUUGAAGACGCUUAUAUCAAUGUCGACUGUGAUUUUACUUGGCCUAAUCGUCGCGUAUCACGCUUUAGAAGUACAGUUAUUUAUGAUAGACAACUGCGCUGACGACUGGCGGAUAGCAAUGACGUGGCAGCGGAUAGCACAAAUCGGCCUCGAGCUGGCUAUCUGCGCCGUGCAUCCUAUCCCUGGACAAUAUACCUUUACUUGGACCACUAAGCUCGCCAACAAAGGAGGAGUUAUAGGCGUUGAAGUAGUUCCUUAUGACGUCACCCUGUCUCUGCCGAUGUUCUUUCGACUCUAUUUAAUAUGCAGGGUCAUGUUGCUUCACAGUAAAUUAUUCACUGAUGCUUCAUCAAGAAGUAUAGGAGCUUUAAACAGAAUUAAUUUUAACACUAGAUUUGUCUUGAAGACACUAAUGACAAUUUGUCCAGGCACGGUGUUACUAGUUUUUAUGGUAUCUCUAUGGAUAAUCGCAAGCUGGACGCUUCGCCAGUGCGAAAGGUUCCACGAUGAAGACCAUGCCAAUUUGCUAAACUCAAUGUGGCUGACAGCUAUAACGUUCCUCUGUGUCGGCUACGGCGAUAUAGUCCCCAACACUUACUGCGGCCGUGGCAUUACCCUCACCUGCGGUAUGGUGGGAGCUGGAUGCACAGCGUUAUUAGUCGCGGUUGUUUCAAGAAAAUUAGAAUUAACUAGAGCCGAGAAGCACGUUCAUAACUUCAUGAUGGACACACAACUUACUAAAAGACUGAAAAAUGCAGCUGCCAACGUGCUUCGGGAGACGUGGUUAAUAUACAAACACACGAGGCUUGUCAAACGAGUCCAUCCUGGAAGAGUGAGGACACAUCAAAGAAAGUUUUUGUUAGCUAUUUACGCGUUGCGGAAAGUGAAGAUGGAUCAAAGAAAGCUAAUGGACAACGCGAACACAAUAACAGAUAUGGCAAAGGACCCCUUUCUCUUGCAGACCCAGAACACAGUCUAUGAGAUUGUUUCGGACAUGAGCACGAGACAAGACACCAUAGAAGAGAGGCUGACUAGUUUAGAAGAAAAACUUACUUCAUUACAGGAACAAGUAAAUAAUUUACCAGACGUCAUGGCUCGGUGCUUGCAGCAGUGUUGGGAACGGGCGGAGCAGAGAAGAAACUUCCUGCAUCCUGACACUGCUGCAGUACCUACUCCGCCUUCAUCUACUAUUACGCCUUAUACUAGGACGCUAGCAACAGCGUCACACCCGUGGCCACCCAGCCCGGUGCUGCAGCCGGCGGGGCGCACGCACUCGGCUCCCGAGAGCACGACCACGCACUCGCCUUCACCAGCGCAGCCGCAGCCCUCGAGCCCCGCCCCACACGCGACUCGGCCCCCUCUACCCAGCUGAGUACCGCCUUCCAACUCCGAACUCCUGUGCUGAACUCGACGAAACUCGGCGCCCGUCCUCUGACCCCCCCUUCACGACUACGCCCGAAAGAGGUGGCCGGGGAAGUUGUUUUACUACGGAAGACAGAGAUUUGAAGAUACUAGUUCAAUGAACGCUUUGCACGAAACAUGUUGAGUUUUUCGGUUAUCAAGCCACAAAACUCAAGUUUGCUGUCGUUUAAUUACCAAGCACUGUACAGCACGCAACACAAAAAUGGAAAUAAAUCGAACAAAAUUUUCUUAUAUCCAUUUUACUCUCACGUUUAUUUUAUAAAUUUGCAAAUCAAAACGAACAAUUACCAUGUGAAGAUUUGUAUUUUUAUACUGACACAAACUGUACUCGUUUAUUGAAACUAUUUUCGACAUCUUUAUCUUGCGUUGGGUGAUGAACGGAAUAAAGUGAAACGAUUUUCUCGGCAUGCCAAUGGACCACGCCGCGGUGCGAUACAGGUCAGCCGUAGUUUUCUUCGCUGUUCCCCAAAGUUUCGGAUGUGCCAGACUGUUUUCUAGUGAUAUUGUUUAGAUAGUGAAAAGAAAUGAGGCGGUACGGACUUGCUGUUGUGAUUAUACAAAUGCUUUAUCGAUAGACGCUUUAGCUAAUUACGUUAGACGAUAUUUUGAAUACAUUAUCAGCAUUAGUAUAGGUAGUUAUUACCUACACGUUCACGUUUUAUCUGAUGUUAAUGGAACCAAUAACACUGUUUUAUAUGCUGAGUGUGUUUUUACUAAGGUUUUUGUGAUCGCCACCAAUAUUACGGCAUUGAGAAGUCUUUGGAAACGAAUUUAUGAGUACCUAGUCACUUUCAUAGAUUUCUUAAUGUACAGACACCAUAGCAGUAAAAUUAUAAUAAUAGUGACUAAAUAAAUAAUAGUUAACACAUAGAUUUGCAUUUAUUUCAUGCAGUCAUUAAGAAACUGACUGCAUUGCAUAGGCAUUUACUGUAAAGUACACUUAGCGGUCACUAUAGAUUGGUUUCGGUUCCUUGUGUAAGUAUUUGCCAUUAUAUGGACAGUAACACAAUUUGGAAUAACUAUAUCACAAUGACAGAUUUAGCUAUGAAAUAUAAACUAUACAUGUAUAACUCCAUCUACUUUAGAAUUGUUAAUGUCAUCUUCGAUAGUAUUCGAAUAGUAAUUGAAAUAUAUUUUAUACAAACUUAUGAAUACAAUGAUCUGACCACUUUAUUUGUAAUAUAUUUUAAAUAUUUAAGGACUCCAUAAAACUAAGUUUUAUUGAGAUUUGCAAUAAGGGAACUGAGUUUUAUAGAGACAUCGAAACAAAAUUUAAUAAUAAAUGUUGAGGUCAGAUUAUGGCCACGUAUGACGUGGUGUAGCAUAAGCUAAGUGUGUUUCCAUUGGAUUGUUCGAAAACUAUCGAAGCGAGAUAAUUGCACAUAUUCUAAGAGAAACCUGUAUACACACUUUUAGAUAUAUGAUUAGGUAAAUUGAAUUGUUACUACCUGCCUAUUGACAUGUAGAUUGUAAACAAUUUUUUCUAAGAAUUAGACUAAGUAAAGCUUUGUAUAAGACAUAAGAUUGAUGGCUGUCUAAAUAGUGCCUAAAACACUACGAAAUUUCGAUAAUUCAGUUUUAUUAUCUUAAUAACUUAUGAAUGUAAAUAGGUAAUUUGAGAGCAUAAUAUUUAGUAAAUAUCUGAAUUUUGUAGCUGUACGAGUUGUAUGAUGGGAUCAAUUUGUUUGUACAUUUUAGUUUUAAAUGUCCUUCCCUUCUUUGUUGUUGAUUGGUUAUAUUUAUUUGAAAGACUAAUGAAAAAUCGGAUUUUGCAUUGAACAUAAGUAUCAGAACCAGUUUUACUGUUGUCACGGACUUUGCUCAAACAAAUCAGCACUGAUUUUUCAGAAAUCAAAAUCAAUUUAAAUAAAAUAGAUAGAUUGGCAUUACAUAAUUGACCUACAUGCAUAGAAUAGACCAAUGUGUUAAUAAAAUAGAAAUAGAUAGAUCUAAAAUAGACUUAUUAGCCUAUCUACAUAAGACAUAAAUCUAUAAAAUCAGGAAUUCAGGAUAUUUUAACACCAAGUAAGGAUGUCCAUAAAAAAAGAUAAAUAAUAUUGAGAAAAUCUUUUUUUACUAGUUGGCUAUGCAAUUUAUCACCAAAUUAUUCUUAAAUUUUGUAAAGAUGGAAGAAAAUUCUAAAAUAUUUAUUAGCUUAAAAUAAACUUAUCAUAAGUUGUUACAAUUGCACUCGCCUUAUAAAUAUUAUAAUGUUUUCUGCCAAUUAUUAAUUUAGAGGCACGGUAGAGUCUCAGCCAAGUUAGCAAAGCUAAUAGUCGAUACCUUCAUUAUGCUGAUUUAUUUUUACUUUACCUACAUAAAACAGUUCUUACUCAAAAGAAAAUCUUGAAAUCAACAGUAUUUAAAAUAUGUAAUUAAAAUACAUAUUAUCCAUCAACUGAAUAAAUAAGAAUUGAUUUAAUUUGGCCCUAUGUUUGACUAUAUAUUUUCUUUAUAUAUUACUAUAUAUUAUUCUUCUGUUAUGUUACAAUUACUGUAAUUAGGUAGGAUAAUAAAUAAUCCUCUAAUUUAAUUGUUCGUAAUAUUAUACAAAAAACACCAACUAGUAUAUUUAGAUAUACGACAGAAUUAGUGUAGAAAUUAAAAAAUAUUUCCUGCAUUAUAUUUAUUAUUAAAUUAAUAUCUUACCCAUCUUAUUAAAACUUUUCCUAAAAAUUUUCAUAAACAGUGUUUUAAAAAAAUACUUUCUAUAUUCCCUAGUGUUUGUAACUACCUCGACAUUUUUACACGUCAUAAUUACCUACAGUUUAACUAGUAACUGCCACUUUAGGUGUUUUGCUUUCAAUUUCUUUACUUAAAUCAUUAGAAAUUCUUUCUCAUGUCCUAUCCCCACUGUUAUCAAAUAUUAUCAACAUUUUGUUUUGACUUUUCUCUGGUUUUCCUGUCUUACUUUGACCACGACAAUCUUUGAAAUCCAAAACGCACAAUAUAAAUAAUAUAAAAAGUGGCAUUUUAGUAAAACUAGGUAUUUACAUUAUCGGUCUUUACCUAACAGUAGCCUAAUAAAUUGUCCCCAUUAUGAAGAAUUUUGAAGAGUCUAGUCAUUAAGAUUAAAUUGCUUUAUAGUCUGUUUUGUCUAGGACAGUUGUUCACAAAAGUGUUUGUACUCGUACUAUUUAUAUUUUAUCAAUUGAACUCUUAUUCCUAUCAACUAGAAUAUAAUUUAUACCUUUCAAUGAUAUUUAAAAGUAUAAUUAUACCUAUCGAACACUUUUGCGAGUGAGUCCCAAUUUUAGCUAAAUUUCAAAGUAAAAAAAAACUAUUUAUUUAUAAAUAAGAAUUGACCAAAAUGUUGUUUAAGAAACGUAGAAUUUGUAAAUAAUAAGCGAAAAAUCAGUAAGACAUUAUGUAUAAAGUAAUAAUGUAAAUACCAGUUGUAUUUGCGAAUUUUAAUGUAAAUAAAGUAAAAAAUAAUAAAAGUACGGUUCCAGUAAAAUUAUUUUUAAAUAAUACGUUCAAUUGUAUAAUGAAAUUUUAAGUUGUAUGCCAACGGAAUGUUCUAUGCGGUGCGUAAACAAAAGAUAUGAAACUUUUGUGAUCAUUGUUGAAGAAAUGAAAGUGUAACUUCGAUUAUAUGAGCUGUAGUAUUUUUUAAAUUGAUUUUUAUUUACACCCUAUGCCUAAAGUUGAAAAUAAACUUGAUGAAGUAAU